UAAAAAUGUAGCAGGCCGACCGAGAGCCUCAAAUAGCAGCUAGUCUUGAAAAAUGUUUCGAUUCGCGAACAGGGCUUGAAUUCGCAGAUGGUCCUCGGGAAAUAGCUGUACGGAAAGCAGUUAACGAGAAUUUUGCGAAGUGUUUGUGCCUGUGUGUGACCGCUGCCUGCCAAGGUGCAGUGUGCGUAGGACACUCGGGUUAGGGUCAAAUCCUUGCCCCUUUCAUAGACUCCAUUCCUAAAUGUCAUCAGUGGUGCAAUUUUUGCAGUGGAUAAUUUAAUUGCAUAAUUUGUUUUGAUAAAUUGUUUCCGCUGGAAGAAUCGUUUUUUAUUCUGCUGUUGUGGGAGGUUGUGUUUAAGAAAUAGAAACGUGAAAAACUUCGAAAAUAUUUGGUGAAAAUUUUGCCACAUUCAAAUGGUCGAUUAUCUAAGAGUUCUUUACAACAUUACUUGUUUGAGCAAAUAGCUUAACUGGAUAUUUUUCCUGUCCCCUUCCUAAAUCUUAGAACCAGAAGAACCUUGAAGUCACAAUAAGCUUAGCGCACGUAAACAUAUGGCAGCAAGCGUCGCACCGACAAAUUCCUCGAUGUAAACAUAAACGUCGUGAUCGCACACAGAACCGUAGAUAAAAUAAAGACGAUACAGCGGCUCAGUUUCGUUCGGACAGUUACAAACGACACGCACCAACAUAUGUGUAGAAAAAAGGCGAGCUAACAAGUUUGAAGAGAGAGAAAAAAAAUCCGAUUACAAUCACCAAGGGAGUAAAUGACGAGAAAUAUCCGUCAGCCAAACGUAUACGACAGUCUGAAAAUUGUGCCUUUCCAAGGUGACAUCGAAAUUCAACCAAAAACAAUUCGUCGGCCUUCGAGUUCCAAAGUGCGUAAACAACGUUUACCGAUAAGAAUGCUGAGAAACCGAAACACUUCUAAUCCAGAACCAUAAAGUAAAGCGAAAAGUGAAUAGACCGAUCCGGUCCCGGAACUGACUUUGUUCACCUCAACACAGUUCAGGUGCGGGCAGUGAUGUCAAAUCUGAAAGGUCUACUGGCUGGCGGCAGUGCCGCUGAAGUGGCUGUCGUUGCUGUCGGGACAACCGGAGGCGGCCCCGCAGUUGCGUUGGCCACCACUGGCUAUGAUAAAUCGCGAGAGAUUGAUAAGGCGAUAGAAUACUCAUCAUCCACCGUCAACUCCCAGAGGCCACUACCAUCCGCUGUCACAGCAAAAAGUCAGGACGGUACCGCGCUUACUGGCGCAGCACAACAAAAAUCGCUCAACAAUCGCGAUGUGGUUCUCACCAGCUUGAUUGCGGGUGCAAUCGCUGGUGCACUGGCCAAAACAACAAUCGCUCCGUUGGAUCGCACGAAGAUCAACUUUCAGAUCAAUAAACACAUCCCGUACUCGUUCGGUGCAGCGAUGCAAUUUCUGCAAAAUACCUACACCAAAGAAGGUUUCCUCGCACUGUGGCGGGGAAAUUCGGCUACGAUGGCACGAAUCAUUCCGUACUCGGCGAUCCAGUUUACGUCUCACGAGCAGUACAAAAAACUGCUGCAUGUUGACAUCCACGGCGAUACCAAAGUGCGACGUUUCCUGGCAGGAGCGCUGGCCGGUAUCACCUCGCAGUCAUUGACUUAUCCGCUGGAUUUGGCACGCGCCCGGAUGGCCGUUACCGACAAGUACUCGGGCUACACGACUCUGCGGCAGGUGUUCGUCAAGAUUUGUCAGUGCGAAGGCCCCCGCACCCUGUACCGGGGCUACUGGGCGACCAUUCUGGGCGUCAUUCCGUACGCCGGAAUGUCGUUCUUUACCUACGAUACUCUCAAGAAGGAAUACUACAAGCACACCGGGGACAAAAGUCCCAACACUGUGAUAUCGCUGAUCUUCGGUGCCAUGGCCGGUAUGAUCGGUCAGUCGUCCAGCUAUCCGCUGGACAUAGUCCGACGGCGAAUGCAAACCACCGGUGUGACGAAACAUUGCGUCGAUCGAUACCUGACGAUCGGAACGACACUGGCGAAAAUCUACAGGGAGGAAGGCUUCAUCCGAGGUUUCUACAAGGGUCUUAGCAUGAACUGGAUCAAGGGACCGAUCGCGGUCGGCAUCAGCUUUGCGACGUACGACCACAUCAAACACUUGCUGCGGGAGAUCAUCCAUCUGCAGGACGAUGGUACCUCCGGAAGGUAGAACUGAGCCAGUCAGUAAAGUUAACCGGAACGGAAUUUCGAAUCUGUUGAAUCUGUCUGAGAAAGCAUUUUCCGAGAUAAGGUAUGAAUUGGGAACGUAUGCAUGUGCAUCAGAUUGUACGGGCUGAUGUUUUGAUGAUUCAACGCUGAUCUUCAUUUGUUUGUUGUUUGUCCUGUCAGUCAAUCGAUCAGUGUGCAAACAGUGCAAUUAAUUGUAAAUAAGGAAGGUAAACAAAACCGGAGGUUCGUCGGCGGUAGGAGCGCUUGAUUUGUGUUUCUCGACGUUGGGUAGAUUUUAUAUUUGAAAAUAGUGUACUCCUUGAAAAGGAAAUUCGCUAAUUGUUUUUUUUUUUUCAUAGCAUGUAUGAAUGAUUAGUCACGUUUUUUUUAAAAACAAAAUAUGUAAAAAAUAAAGGUUCCUUCAAGAGCAGAAUAUA